GGACAACAAAGAGUGAAUGCACUGGAAGAAGAAGAACAAGCCCUACGCCGUCUGAACCUGCAGAAUAAUGAGUAAAACUAUUUUGUAAUAACUUUCCCCUUUUGUAUUAAAAACCGCGUAUUUCAAUUUCAAAUAUAUCUGCUGCACCAUCACACCGUGUUCUCACUUCAGACGCACUUGUCUGUCCUGACUGUUGUGUUGCUGUUUCAGGUCGCUCCUGCUCCCAAGUAAACGUCGAAAUACAACGUGCUACAAGUGGUGAUGGAGGUGUUUACGUCGAAACGAGAUGAAAACUGUGAGGAACCACCGGUCCUUCCAAGCAAGCCAGCAACCGGGGCAAUCAUCCGCCAGCCACCACUACUGGGAGUUUCUUCGGACUACGCCAUUUGGAGGGUCAGGAUGACGACGUAUCUACGUAAGGUCCCAGCUGCCGAACAUUUUGACUAUCUCCUGUCGUGUCUAGACGAUGAAGCGGCAAAAAGGGCGAUUACCAACGGUUUCACUGCAAGUAACUCGUCUGCCCAAAACUGGAAGGUGCUUGAUGAAUGCUUUUCGCUAACAGUAGAUACACAGCUGGGGACCAUGCAGUUCCUGUCGCGUCACCAGAAAGCAAGUGAGGACCCCAUGGAAUACCUGCACUCCUUGCAGCAGGCAGCAAUUGUAGCCUUCCCGAGUUUAGACGUCUCUAUACGGGAAGAAAUAAUACGCGCACGGUUCACAGAAGGCCUUUUGCCGGGUGCACUACGACAGCACCUUCUUUACAUGCCGCCAAAAAGCAUUCAGGAUUUAAGAACCACAAUUCUACGGUUCGCGGCCGCAGACAAGCUAUUAAACGCUGUCAAUACACCGCAUUUGUCAGCGAAUGCUAUUGAACAGCCUGAAGAAACCCAUCAGUCCGAUUUCACUCAAACGAUUUCCGCGGUCAAACGACGCCCCGAGAGACAGCCGCUAAGAACUAAUCAACAUAACCGGAAGAUGGAGUGUUUUUACUGCCAACGCUUUGGCCGGAAAGCCCGAAAAUGUGGGCACAAUAAUUUUUGGAAACAAGGUGAGACUAGAUUUUCCCAUUUGUCUUCGUAUUAUUCUGAAUCAGUAUAUCCGAUAACAAUAGCUGGUAGUUUACAGGGCAUACAGACUAUUAUUUUACUGGAUACAGGAGCCUCAGUAUCCAUUGUGAGAGAAGGGUUUUUAAGCACACUGGAUCGCAUAAGCCGACAAAAACCAUGUUUCUCCACACUAAAAACAGCCGGUGGUGACCUUCUGGAAGUACGGUCUAAGGUGUGUUUGGAGGUGACAGUGAAUAAACGCUCGUUCCUACACGAAUUUUUAGUAUGCCACACACUCACCUGGGAUGUUAUACUCGGAGUUGACUUUAUGUUAAAAUACGACGUCGUUAUACAGGUAGCUAAGGCGGAAGCUCGAAUCGGAGAAGUAACUAUUCCGACACAUUGCCUUAAGAACGCAACUAAGUCGGUAGCUCACGUAGGGGUGUCGGAAGUCAUACACCAGGUACAAACUAAUGAACAAGUAACCGAAGAUGUCCGUCGAUCAACUAUUUCCUUACUUCAAAAAUUUGGUUCUCUUUUCUCAGAGAAUAUCUCUGGUAAUCGGACGACCACGGUACAGCACUCUAUUCCCACAGGUGAUCAUACGCCAUUACGUCAACCGCCUCGUAGAGUGCCAGUACACUAUCAACCACAGCUGGAUAAGAUGAUUAAGGAUAUGCUUGACAAGAAUAUCAUAGUACCGUCAUCAUCCCCCUGGGCAUCACCUAUUGUCCUGGUUAAAAAGAAAGAUUCCUCUCUGCGACUCUGCAUAGACUAUCGACGCCUUAAUGCCAUAACUAAGCGUGACUCUUUUCCUCUUCCGAGAAUCGAUUCUAUAUUAGACGCUGUGAGUGGCGCAUGUUGGUUUUCAACGUUAGACCUAGCAUCAGGGUACUGGCAGGUGGAAGUCAGACCACAAGAUAGAAAGAAAACCGCAUUUGUAGUGCCAAAUGGUUUAUACGAAUUCCAAGUAAUGCCUUUCGGUCUAACGAAUGCCCCAGCUACUUUCCAAAGGUUAAUGCAAACAGUUUUACAAGAUAUAGUACCUCAUAAAUGUUUGAUUUAUCUCGAUGACAUUAUUGUGUAUGGUAGCACACCCGAGCAACAUAAUGCUAAUCUGAAAGCGGUUCUCCAUCGCCUCCAACAACACAACCUAAAAGUAAAACCGUCCAAAUGUCGCCUGCUGCAGAAAGAAGUAGUUUUCUUAGGACAUCGUAUUACUGCAGAUGGAGUAGGCACCGAUAAAGAAAAGACACGUGUCAUUGUUAAUUGGCCACAGCCCAAAUCACCUGAAGACGUUCGUAGCUUUCUUGGCCUAGCUUCUUACUACAGGCGCUUUGUCCGUGACUUUGCAUCGUUAGCAGCACCCUUACACCGUUUGACGCACAAAGGACGAAAAUUUUUAUGGACUACAGAGUGUCAACAGGCGUUCGAUGCUUUGAAGACACGACUAAGCUCUCCACCUAUAUUAGCCGUUCCAGAUACCUCAGCAAGCGGGGGAGAAUUUAUACUUGAUACGGAUGCCAGUUCCUCCGCUAUUGGAGCAGUUCUAUCACAAGUGGCCCCAGAUGGGCAAGAAAGAGUAAUUGCGUACGCUAGCCGUCGACUGGAUAAGAGCGAAACAAGAUAUUCGACAACGCGUCGAGAGAUGUUGGCAUUAGUAAAAUUCUUACAACAUUUCCGCCAUUAUUUACUAGGUAAACCUUUCCGUGUACGCACAGACCACCGUGCAUUACAAUGGCUCCGCUCCUUCCGCGAACCAGAAGGCCAAGUGGCACGCUGGCAAGAGCGACUACAGGAGUUUGAUUUUACUUGCGAAUACCGACCAGGCAGCCGUCACACAAACGCCGACUCUCUGUCCCGUAUACCCUAUGCUCCUAGUACCAUUAGUGCUGUCCUUAGCACAGCCCCAGAGAUCGACUGGCCGUCUCUUCAAGCAUCAGACCCCGACCUGCAGUUCAUUUACCUACGACAACUACACGGAAACGAUAAACCUUCUGCGGCAGAGUUAAAGGAUCAUUCCCCAGCGACGCACCGUCUUUGCACCAAGUGGAGUAGCCUGAGAUUGUAUGGGGACACACUAUUUAUAGUCAGCGAGUCAAAACAACCACUGUUGAUAGUACCACGUGUGCAAGUUCAGAAUAUUAUGGAGCAGGUGCAUCGAGAACUCGGGCACUCGGGGAUACGAAAAACUGAACAUGCGAUCUGCCAGAGGUUUUGGUGGCCAUCCAUCCAUGAAGACGUGACUGAAUUCUGCAGAAAUUGUAGCACGUGCCAUGCCAUCAAGUCACCUCAGCAAAGACCCCGUGCACCGUUAGUCCCAAUGACGACAGAAGGUCCACAUCAACGAGUCGGUAUCGAUAUCAUGGGACCACUUACAACAUCAAAGAACGGAAACCGUUAUAUACUGGUGAUGGUGGACUAUUUUAGCAAAUGGUGUGAAGCCGUCCCUAUACCUCAACAAGAUGCCCUCACAGUCGCUCGAGCUUUCAUUGAUCAUUGGGUCUCCCGUUAUGGCGCUCCCUUCUCACUCCAUUCCGAUCAAGGUACAGCUUUUGAAAGCCAUCUCGUCGCUCAGGUAUGCCGAUUAUUGGGUAUCCGCAAAACACAUACCACUGCAUACCACCCUGAAGGUAACGGUUUAGUAGAAAGAACAAACCGAACCAUUAAAACCCUCCUACAGUCGUUUAUCAAUAAUUCGUCGACGGAAUGCUGGGAUGAUGCAAUACCCCAAUGCUUGUUAGCUUACCGCGCAUCAGUUCACGGUUCCACGGGAUUUUCACCUGCGAUUUUACUCUUUGGACAUGAAUUACGCUUGCCUGUAGAGAUCCAAAUGCCGUUGUUGCCUUUCGAAGCUCAAGACUAUGUACCAUACGUCCGUAACCUUCGUAGCCGUCUAGCUGACGCAUACCGUCUAGUUAAAGCUAAUCUUCAAAAUGCCAGCAAACACCAAAAGAAUGUGUACGAUCGACAUGCGAACGGGCCUGUAUAUAAACCUGGAGAUCGUGUGUGGCUACAUCGCCCUAUGGCCCCACCAGGAACAUGCGGCAAGUUUCACCAACCUUGGAAAGGGCCUUACGAAAUCGUAUUUAUUCGGUCCCCUACAACAUUCGUCCUACGCAACCUCCAGCGACCUCAAGACGACGUUCUAACAGCACACUACAACCAACUGAAGCCGGAUAAAACAACGGUGCACUUAGAUACUCCGUUUGUCAAUCCCCCGACGGCUACCAGCCAUUAUGAGGUGCCACCAGAAGGAGGAAUAGCAUACCCGUGCCCGCAACCAGGCACUGAGGACAGUGCCUCAUGGAGAGAGGGGGUAGUGUAACGGACAACAAAGAGUGAAUGCACUGGAAGAAGAAGAACAAGCCCUACGCCGUCUGAACCUGCAGAAUAAUGAGUAAAACUAUUUUGUAAUAACUUUCCCCUUUUGUAUUAAAAACCGCGUAUUUCAAUUUCAAAUAUAUCUGCUGCACCAUCACACCGUGUUCUCACUUCAGACGCACUUGUCUGUCCUGACUGUUGUGUUGCUGUUUCAGGUCGCUCCUGCUCCCAAGUAAACGUCGAAAUACAACGUGCUACAC